GCUGCGCUCGCUCCAGCCGCCGCUCGGGAGCAGAGCAGCGGGCGGCGGGACCCGCGACCCAGCGCGGCGCCGGCGAGCGCGACGCGGGCCCCUCAAGAUCCGCGGCGCCCCGCCUCCGGAGCAGCCCCGGCCGCCGCGCGGACCCGCGCCGCGGAGAAGGUUGGUCCCCACACCCGAGCGGAGAGGCGGGCGGCCCCGGUGAGCGCCCGGAGCCCCGGCUCCAGCGCGGGGCCUCGGGGGAGCGCAGACCUGCUGAGCCUGCGGCCGGCGCGAAGGGUGGCCGUAGGAGGAAGGGAGGAGAGUAAAUGAAGAGAAAGAACGUGAAUAGCUCCUUCCAGAAGCAAAGGGGAAGCCAGCUUGGCUGCAGACCCCGGUCUUACGAAGCAGCAGCCCCACCUGGGAGCAGGGUGGCGGGCAUGGUGUGUGGCCUGUGGGUCCUGGCGCUGGUGUCCUCAGUCCUGGCUCUGGAAGAGGUAUUGCUGGACACCACUGGAGAGACAUCUGAGAUUGGCUGGCUCACCUACCCACCAGGUGGGUGGGACGAAGUGAGUGUUCUGGAUGACCAGCGACGCCUGACUCGGACCUUCGAGGCAUGCCACGUGGCCGGGGCCCUUCCCGGCCCCGGGCAGGACAAUUGGCUGCAGACACACUUUGUGGAGCGGCGAGGGGCCCAGAGGGCGCACAUCCGGCUGCACUUCUCCGUGCGGGCCUGCUCCAGCCUUGGCGUGGCGGGGGGCACCUGCCGGGAGACCUUCACGCUUUACUACCGCCAGGCCGAGGAGCCCGACAGCUCCGACAGCACCUCCUCCUGGCACCUCAAACGCUGGACCAAGGUGGACACGAUCGCGGCGGAUGAGAGUUUCCCCGCCUCCUCAGCGUGGGCGGUGGGCCCGCGCGGGGCGGGGCAGCGGGCGGGACUGCAGCUGAACGUCAAGGAGCGGAGCUUCGGGCCCUUGACCCAGCGCGGCUUCUACGUGGCCUUCCAGGACACCGGGGCCUGCCUGGCCCUCGUGGCGGUCAAGCUCUUCUCCUACGCCUGCCCCUCCGUGCUCCGCGCCUUCGCCACCUUUCCUGAGACGCAGGCCAGUGGGGCCGGGGGGGCCUCCCUGGUGGCGGCCGUGGGCACCUGUGUGGAGCACGCAGAGCCCGAGGAGGAUGGAGGAGCGGGCCAGGCAGGAGGCAGCCCUCCCAGGCUGCACUGUAACGGGGAGGGCAAGUGGAUGGUAGCCGUUGGGAGCUGCCGCUGCCAGCCCGGGCACGAGCCAGCUCGCGGAGACAAGGCCUGCCAAGCCUGCCCCAGGGGGUCCUACAAGGCCUCGUCUGGGAAUGCCCCCUGCUCACCGUGCCCUGCCCGCAGCCUCGCCCCUGACCCUGCGGCCCCCGUGUGCGCCUGCCUGGAGGGCUUCUACCGGGCCAGCUCCGACCCCCCAGAGGCCCCCUGCACUGCACCCCCGUCGGCCCCUCAGGAGCUGUGGUUUGAGGUGCAGGGCUCUGCGCUCAUGCUGCACUGGCGCCUGCCCCAGGAGCUGGGGGGACGCGGGGACCUGCUCUUCAACGUCGUGUGCAAGGAGUGUGGAGCGGGAGGCAAGGGCCCUUGUCGCCGCUGCAGGGAUGAGGUGCAUUUCGACCCCCGCCAGAGGGGCCUGACUGAGAGCCGCGUGCUCGUUGGGGGGCUCCGGGCACACGUGCCCUACAUCUUGGAGGUGCAGGCCGUCAACGGGGUGUCGGAGCUCAGCCCCGACCCUCCCCAGGCUGCAGCCGUCAAUGUCAGCACCAGCCACGCAGUUCCCUCCGCAGUGCCUGCUGUGCACCAGGUGAGCCGGGCCUCCAGCAGCAUCACCGUGUCCUGGCCACAGCCCGACCAGGCCAACGGGGACAUCCUGGAUUAUCAGCUCCGCUACUAUGACCAGGCAGAAGAUGAAUCCCACUCCUUCACCCUGACCAGCGAGACCAACACGGCCACCGUGACCCAGCUGAGCCCCGGCCACAUCUAUGGCUUCCAGGUGCGGGCACGGACAGCCGCAGGCCACGGCCCGUACGGGGGCAAGGUCUACUUCCAGACGCUGCCUCAAGGUGAGCUGUCUGCCCAGCUUCCCGAGAGACUCUCCUUGGUGGUUGGGUCCAUCCUGGGGGCGCUGGCCUUCCUUCUGCUGGCGGCCAUCACCGUGCUGGCUCUCGUCUUCCAGAGGAAGCGGCGUGGAACUGGCUACAUGGAGCAGCUGCAGCAGUACAGCAGCCCAGGGCUAGGGGUGAAGUACUACGUCGACCCCUCCACCUACGAGGACCUCUGCCAGGCCAUCCGAGAAUUCGCCCGGGAGGUCGAUCCCACAUACAUGAAGAUCGAGGAGGUCAUUGGAGCGGGCUCCUUCGGGGAGGUGCGCCGGGGCCGCCUGCAGCCCCGGGGACGGCGGGAGCAGACCGUGGCCAUCCAGGCCCUGUGGAGCGGAGGCGCCGAGAGCCUGCAGACAGCCUUUCUAGGCCAGGCCGCAGUGCUGGGCCAGUUUCAGCACCCCAACAUCCUGCGGCUGGAGGGCGUGGUCACCAAGAGCCGGCCCCUCAUGGUGGUGACGGAGCUCAUGGAGCUGGGCCCCCUGGACAGCUUCCUGAGGCAGCGGGAGGGCCAGUUCAGCAGCCUGCAGCUGGUGGCCAUGCAGCGGGGCGUGGCCGCCGCCAUGCACCACCUGUCCAGCUUCGCCUUCGUCCACCGCGCACUCGCUGCUCACAGCGUGCUGGUGAACAGCCACCUAGUGUGCAAAGUGGCUCGUCUUGGCCACAGUCCUCAGGGCCCAAGUUGUAUGCUUCGCUGGGCAGCCCCAGAGGUCAUUGCACACGGGAAACAUACAACAUCCAGUGACGUCUGGAGCUUUGGGAUAGUGAUGUGGGAAGUGAUGAGUUACGGAGAACGGCCCUACUGGGACAUGCGUGACCAGGAGGUACUAAAUGCAAUAGAGCAGGAGUUCCGGCUGCCCCCGCCUCCAGGCUGUCCGCCUGGAUUACACCUGCUUAUGCUGGACACUUGGCAGAAGGAUCGUACCCAGCGACCUCACUUUGACCAGCUGGUGGCUGCGUUUGACAAGAUGAUCCGCAAGCCAGACACUCUGCAGGGAGCAGAGCACUGCGGCGGGAGCCCCAGGGACAGACCCUCCCAGGCCCUUCUGAACCCCGCGGCCCUGGACUUUCCCUCUCUGCACUCCCCUCAGGCCUGGCUCUCGGCCAUCGGCCUGGAGUGCUACCAGGACAGCUUCUCCCAGUCCGGCCUCCACACCUUCAGUGACGUGGCUCAGCUCAGCCUGGAGUAAGCAGGAGACCUGCCAACCCUGGGCAUCACCCUGGCCGGCCACCAGAAGAAGCUGCUGCACCACAUCCAGCUCCUGAAGCAGCACCUGAGGCCGCUGGGCUCCGUGGAGGUCUGAGCCCCCGGCAGAAAGCUAUGAACUGACUGACAGACACUGCCCGUGACCCAGUCCUGGACGCAGGUCCAAGGAGGACAUGGGAGAUGUGAGCCCGUCUCCACCCUGGCCUCCGUGAGAGGCACCUGCCCGCCACACUAAACCCGACCCUGGGGACGCCUCACUCCCUGGUCCUCUGCCCCUCCACCGCCCUCCCCCACAUUAAAGGGAAAGAAGGGAUUUUGCAAGUUGGAGGUGUGGUGAGGCCUCGGUCUGCAAGGAAGGGGGUGGGAAGGCCUUGGAGCAGAGAGGCAGGGCCGGGAA